GGUCACUUUCCACCGACGAUCUUCUUCUCCGAUCAACCAGUUAUACAGAGUUAGCUGUGGCUUCUCACUCUUCCCUUCCAACCAAACACGCCUUAAUCUCCCUCUCCCUCUCUCACACAAAAACGAUACGUCUAUUACCGGAGAGAAUAAGCAUACAAGCCUAAUUGCUACUUCUACAGCCGCAUUUCCUCGAUUUCACGCCCAGUGCGUGAAUUAGUGUGAUGGAGAGGGAGCUAUCGGAUGAGGAGGGGGAUCGGGAGAAUCUGAUUUCGCAAAAUGCGAGGCGGAACCAGAACGACGCCGUAAAGUCGCCCGAUCGCCACAAUCACCGCUCGGCUUUCCGAAUCGAAGACGAAUUGAGGGGCAGAGUCUCCGGCGCCGCGCGAAGGUUCAAUAAGAGGUACAUUCUCGCGAUUUUUCUGCCCCUGGUGAUUUUGAUUGUGUAUUUGACUACCGAUUUGAAGAGCGUGUUCCAGAUGCGAGUGCCGUCGGUUAGGGAUAUUGGGGGUGGUGGUCUUGUGGUGAAUCGAAUGCGUGAAUCUGAGCUGCGUGCUUUGUAUUUGCUUAAGCAGCAGGAAAUUGAGCUUGUUAAGAUGUGGAAUUAUACUACAGUGGUUGGUGGAUCGAAUUUUAGCUUGGUAAAUGGUAGUGGCUCAGUGAAUUUGAACUCUGGUAGUGAUGAUAGCGUGUUGGAGGACUUUAAAUCGCGAGUUUUUGGGCAAAUUUCGUUGAAUAGGCAAAUUCAGGGGACUCUUUUGUCAGGUCAUGAGAGUGAGGCUUCUGUGGAUUUGUCUGCAAAUUACUCGGAUUCGAGUUUGUCUGACUGGACUAGGUGCAAGAAGGUGGAUCAGAGAUUGGCUGAUAGGAAGACGAUAGAGUGGAAUCCUAAACCGAACAAGUAUUUGUUUGCUAUUUGUGUGUCAGGCCAAAUGUCAAACCAUUUGAUUUGUUUGGAGAAGCAUAUGUUCUUUGCGGCUUUGUUGAAUCGGGUUUUGGUGAUCCCAAGUUCAAAGGUGGACUAUGAGUUCCAUCGGGUGUUGGAUAUUGAUCACAUUAAUAAGUGCUUGGGGAGGAAAGUUGUGGUGACCUUUGAAGAGUUUGCAGAGAGCAAGAAGAACCAUUUGCAUAUUGACAAGUUUAUGUGUUAUUUCUCGUUGCCACAGCCGUGCUUUAUGGAUGAUGAGCGUGUGAAGAAGUUGAAGGGGUCGGGGGUCUCUUUGAGUAAGGUUGAGGCUGUUUGGAAGGAGGAUGUUAAGAAGCCAAAUCAGAGGACUGUUGAGGAUGUUUUGGCAAAGUUUUCUUCAGACAGUGAUGUCAUUGCAAUCGGAGAUGUGUUCUUUGCUGAUGUUGAGAGAGAGUGGGUGAUGCAGCCAGGAGGUCCGAUUGCACAUAAAUGCAAGACUUUGAUUGAGCCUAGUAGGCUUAUUUUGCUUACUGCUCAACGUUUCAUACAGACGUUCUUGGGGAAAGACUUCGUGGCUCUUCAUUUCAGGCGCCACGGCUUCUUGAAAUUCUGCAAUGCCAAACAACCGAGCUGCUUUUAUCCUGUUCCGCAAGCUGCAGAGUGCAUCAAUCGAGUUGUUGAGAGGGCUAGUACUCCAGUAAUAUAUCUAUCUACCGAUGCUGCAGAAAGUGAAACUGGUUUACUUCAAUCACUUGUUGUCUUGAAUGGGAAGACUGUACCACUUGUUCGGAGACCAGCUCGUAAUUCAGCUGAAAAGUGGGAUGCUUUAUUGUACAGACACGGACUUGAGGGAGAUUCUCAGGUUGAGGCGAUGCUGGACAAGACUAUUUGCGCUCUUUCUUCCGUCUUCAUUGGAUCUUCUGGAUCCACUUUCACCGAUGAUAUUCUACGCCUCCGCAAGGACUGGGGAUCAUCAUCACAAUGUGACGAGUACUUGUGCCAGGGCGAGCUUCCAAACUUCAUUGCAGAAGAUGAGUGAAUCUCGAAUCUUGUACAUCCAUCUCUCCCUGUGAAGAUUCUUCUGCUCUCUUUUACUGUUUGACAUGCCAAUCCUUCAAAAUUGAGUCGACUCUACUAAUCUAAUAGCUUAAACUGCUGAAUCUUUAUUUAUUUUCGUGGAAUCCGUUGAAUAUGCUACCAUGGGAAGCUGAGGGUGACGGACGGGACGGCUAUAUUUAUUUGGACACUGAGUGUAAAUGUGAUCUUACCUGAUUUAUAUUGUUCCAUAAAUGUAAUAAGAGCUUCAGCCAUAAAUUUCUACUUGCUAUGCAGUUUUGUUCUCCAUAAAAGUUAGCCUUAGUAGGAGUCUGUUUGUUGUAUACAGUGCCAUUUAAUCUUUAGGUUAGGUCUACUUAUGUACAUUAGAGAAAAUGUUGAAUAUCCCUUGUGAACUAUCUCUGAACCAAAUUUUGAAGUUCCUUUGUCACUAUGUUUUCUUGUC